AUGCUGAUCAUCGUCGACUCGUCUCAAUCCGGGCCUGCCGUUUCCAACUUCCGUUGGCCGGGGUAUCGACAGCCCUCGGUCAAGGUCAAGAAACUUAUGGCAUCCGCCACGGAGUUGUUUCCGUACUCCGUACAGCUGCUCAACUCGCAGAGACGAAGCCUCCCCGAAGUCUCCACGGUCAUAUCACGAACUCGGACCGAGUCGCCGCUCCUCCUCCAGGAGACUCGUGACGCCGGUCCUGUCCGCCUUGCCAUCGUCAUGGACCCAUCUAAACCCGCCCGAAUCAUGUGUACUCUAUUUGGUUCCAUCCGCUACAGGGCAACCAACACGAGCUGA